AUGGAGAGGAAGGUGGCCAUCGUCGGAGCUGGUAUCAGCGGCCUCCUCGCCUGUAAAUACACCCUGUUAAAGGGUUUCCAUCCCAUCAUUUUCGAGUCCCGGAACAGUAUCGGCGGAGUUUGGACCACAACAGUAGAGUGUACCAAGCUUCAGACUCCAAAAGAUGUGUAUCGGUUCUCAGAUUUUCCUUGGCCACCUUCGGUGACAGAAGAGUUCCCUUCUCAACGCCAAGUAUUGGAUUAUCUUCAAUCCUAUGCUUAUCAUUUUGACUUGCUCAGACACAUCAGACUCAAUACCAAAGUGAUCAGCAUCAGCUAUGAAGGGCCUUCCGACGAAGAGAUGAGAGCAUGGACGUUGUGGGGUGGAACCGGUGAGCCCUUCGGCUCCAGAGGAAAAUGGAUCGUUACAGUACAGGAUAGUCAAAACUUUUCAACAGAGGCAUAUCAAGUCGAUUUUUUGAUUCUUUGUGUCGGAAGGUUCAGUGACAUUCCAAAUAUUCCAGAAUUUCCACCAGAUAAGGGUCCCGAAGCGUUUCAGGGCAAGGUGAUCCACUCGAUGGACUAUUCGGCCAUGGAUUAUGCAGAUGCUGUUGAAUUUGUCAAAGAGAAAAAAGUUGCCGUUGUUGGGUUCCAGAAAUCAGCAUUAGACAUAGCAAUGGAGUGCUCAACAGCAAAUGAUGUGCAGCGACCAUGUACAGUGAUAUACCGGACUGAACACUGGAACGUGCCUGAUUACAUUCCUUGGGGAGUUCCACUUGGAUAUCUUUACGAGAAUCGGUUUGCAGAACUUUUGCUUCAUAAGCCUGGUGAAGGGUUUCUUCUCGGUCUCCUGGCAUCACUUCUCGCACCUUUGAGAUGGGGAUUUUCAAAAUUCGUGGAAAGUUACAUAAAAUGGAAGCUUCAGCUUGGAAAGUUUAAUAUGGUGCCAAAACAUAGUUUCUUACAAGAAAUGAGUUCUUGCUUAUUCUCAACUGUGCCAGAGGACUUCUAUUGCAGAGUUGAGAAGGGAAGCCUCAAAUUGAAAAAAACCCGUAGUUUCAGCUUUUGCAAAGAUGGGGUUUUGAUUGACGGCGAGGCUGAACCUCUAAUGGCCGAUCUGGUCAUAUUGGCUACUGGGUUUAGAGGUAUUGAAAAGCUCAAAAACAUAUUUGUGUCCCCCCUAUUUCAGAAGUACAUUGCUGAACCGACGGACACUAUAGUUCCGUUCUACAGGGAAUGCAUUCAUACUCGGAUUCCACAACUAGCAGUAAUAGGAUUCUCGGAAAGCGCUUCAAACAUGUAUACAUCGGAGAUGAGGUGCCGGUGGCUAGCGGAGCUUCUGGAUGGCACAUUCAAGCCACCAAGCAUCGAAGAGAUGGAGAAAGAUAUAGCAGAAUGGGAUAAAUUUAUGAAGCGAUACUCAGGUCCAUACUACAGGAGGUCGUGCAUUGCUGCAGUGAACAUAUGGCACAAUGAUCAACUGUGCAAAGACAUGGGUUGGAACCCUAAGAGAAAGAAGGGAUUCAUUGCUGAAUUGUUUGAGCCUUAUGGCCCAUUGGAUUAUGCCAACCCUCGGUGA